AUGACAGCUCUGAUUUUCACCACCGUCGUCGGCCUGUUGGCCGCCGCCACACAAGCACUUGCACAAGAUGAUCCCACUCAACCUGUUAUUAUCCGACUUCCGCCAAUGUCCAGCAAGCCCAGAUUCCUUUCAGAGGUUUGUAACUACAUACAAAAACUCCUCUUCAAAACGUAUUUUCAGCCGUUACCUCCAUCACCUCCAGCGGCACAACAGCAACCAGUCUAUCAACAAACUGCUCCACCUGGUAGCCAGCAGUUUGUACCACGAACAGGCGCCAGCGUGCCCCCACCACCUCCAGUCACAAUCCCUCCUGACGUCCAAAACCAGUUAAUCAAGUUCUUUGGACUCGAUUCGUUCGGAAUACCAGGGCUUACUGGAAAUCAUCCGAACGGAUUUGCAGGUGCCGUUCAGGAGCUUCGAGCUGCUGGGAUUCCUGUGCAAGGGCUGCCCGCUGAGCACCUCACAGAUAUACUGGCACAAGCAAACCCCAAGUUCCAAGACCAAAUUAGUCAGCUUGUAAACGAAGCUCGAAAUCCUGGUCCUUAUGAUGGAGCUGGUGCCCCAGUUCCCCUCCCAGCUGACAAGCCUGGAGAGAAUGGCCUGAUCGGAUUAUUGUCAAACUCUAUUCGCAAGCUAGUAAAAGAGACUGGUGUAUCAGAUGCCCUUUCACAAUCGCUGCCAUCCCUGCUUGGCACUCCAUCUAAGCAUGCAUCAGCAGCAGCUGCAUCAGCUUCAUCACAAGAUGGUCCAGUCGUUUCCCAAUCAGUCGACGAUAAUGGUGUUACGAAUCAUGUCCGUGGAUCGAACAUCCGUCGGCAACCAUCGACAGCUCAACGUGCCCUUUCCGGCAUUUCAUCGUUCCUCGGUGGAGGCGGCGGUAACACUCCUACUCACGCUGGAUUGCCAAGGAUUCCAGGAAUUCCCCUGCUACCGGGAGGUAUUCCCAGGAAUGCUCAGGGCCAGAUUGAUGUCGUCAACCUUAUCGGAUCGAUCACUCGACGUUUGUCCAAUGGAACCACUUUGGCCGAUAUGCUGCCACCUGAGCAGCUCCAGAUUUUGGCUGAUAAUGUCACUGAUGCUCUCCUGCCUGAGACCCCUACUAAUUUCGAUCUCAGCAAAUUCAUGGGACGGUGGUUCGAAGGAAUCAACUCACCACGUGCUACUGAACAACGAUGUGUCGUGCACCACUAUGGAGGACUCACAAAGAACGACAAGACCGCCACUUUCACUGCCCUCAAGAUCUACAGGGAGGGAUCUGAAUUCGGUCCUGUGAGAUACUCUAUCGGUUAUGCCUUCCGUGGUGGAAGCAAAGACGCUAUGCUCCAACUUCACACCAGCGAGAGCAGUGAUGCUCAACCAUUCUGGAUAUACAAGCUUGGUCCCGAAGGAAAGGAUCCAUUCGGUAAUCCACAAUACGAGUACGCUAUCGUGUCGAACUGGGUACGGUAUCCAGUGACGGUCCUGGUACGGGAUCCUGACACAUUCAAAUCCAAGUACCAAACCGAGGUACUGCGCUGGUUAGAAGACCAAGGCUUCAUCAAUGGCUUCAUCCGUGCCUUCAACCUCCUACAACCGUCCGGCUAUUCUAGCUGUCAAUAUGCUGACAGUACAUUCGAAGUGUUCGGCAAGUAA